AUGGCGUCUAAAUCUGAGAAACUGACUUCAGACCAUUUCAAAACUUGCCUGAAGGACGUAUACAUUCCACAUGUUGGAUCCUCGAGUGUAUUGUUGAUUGAUUCGCGGAGCGGACAUUGUUCUGCAGUUGUAGACGAGGUAACUCCUGCCAAUAAAGAUAUCCCUGUCAAAUUAUUUCCGACAGAGACCACUGGCAAGAUUCAGCCAUUAGAUGUGUAUAGGUUUAGAGUAUGGUAAAAAUAUGUGAGUCAUUUUUCGGACAGCGUCAUACUUAUGCAUGAAGAUUUGAAUCUCCAUAUGAGAAAUAAUACCAUCAAACUUCAAUCUUUGGUUCACAAUCAAUUCUCAUCUCCUCGAUACUUCAAUAUAUUCAAAUUUUUACGGUACAAAAGAAGAAUCAGGAGAUUUCGAAAAUCCAGUCCAGUUCGGCUAUGGACACAAUUCUGA